AAUGUCAACGAUUCUUCCUUUUCCGUUAAGUUUCUCAUUUCUCGAAUCGGAAUUUAUUCACCCGCAUUCCGCAUUUUGAAUUGGUCGUCGUUGUUAUCAAGUUGGUAUUUGAGUUACGUCUCCCUCCAUGUUUUGCUGGAACAUGGAGGUCGUAGUAAGCUUGGUUUUGUUUAAUGCAAGUAUAUUGUAAAUUAUUUCUUGUUGAAAAGGCCAUCGAAUAACCAAGCAAGAUGUUUCUGUACCACAUGACCCUUCAAAAGGCCACAGCCAUCAUUCAUGCAGUCCACGGCAACUUUUCCGGUACCAAAUCUCAAGAAAUUGCAAUUUCUCGAGGCAAAACUUUGGAACUGCUGAGAACGGACACAAACACUGGAAAAGUUCAUACACUUCUAACUGUCGACAUAUUUGGUAUCAUAAGAUCUUUAAUGUCAUUUCGGUUGACCGGAGGUACUAAGGACUUUGUAGUAGUGGGUUCUGACUCUGGUCGACUUGUUAUUCUAGAAUAUAUUCCACAAAAGAAUAUUUUUGAAAAGGUUCAGCAAGAGACUUUUGGCAAAUCAGCCAGCAGAAGAAUUGUUCCUGGACAGUACCUUGCCACAGAUCCUAGAGGAAGAGCAGUAAUGAUUGGGGCGAUCGAGAAACAGAAAUUAGCGUACAUAUUGAAUCGGGAUGCCCAAGCUCGACUUACUAUUUCCUCACCAUUGGAAGCCCAUAAAAGCAAUACGCUUGUAUACCAUAUGGUGGGUGUUGAUGUGGGGUACGAUAACCCCAUUUUCGCUUGUUUGGAAAUCGAUUAUGAGGAAGCUGAUUCAGAUCCCACAGGGGAAGCUGCUCAGAAGACUCAACAAACUCUGACCUUUUACGAACUUGAUCUCGGCGUCAAUCAUGUUGUUAGGAAGUAUUCUGAACCUCUUGAGGAGCAUGCCAAUUUUUUGGUUACUGUACCUGGAGGAGAUGACGGGCCUUCUGGUGUACUUAUUUGCUCAGAAAAUUACCUUACAUAUAAAAAUCUUGGUGAACAGCAUGACAUUCGUUGUCCCAUUCCUAGAAGAAGGAAUGAUUUGGACGAUCCAGAAAGAGGGAUGAUUUUUGUUUGCUCUGCCACCCACAAAACCAAAUCUAUGUUCUUUUUCCUUGCUCAAACGGAACAAGGAGAUAUAUUCAAAAUUACAUUGGAAACUGACGAAGACAUGGUUACUGAAAUAAAACUGAAAUAUUUUGAUACUGUUCCUGUGGCAGCUGCAAUGUGUGUUUUAAAAACUGGAUUCCUCUUUGUGGCCUCAGAAUUUGGCAACCAUUACCUCUACCAAAUCGCUCACCUUGGAGAUGACGAUGAUGAAUUAGAAUUCAGUUCUGCCAUGCCCUUAGAGGAGGGCGAUACAUUCUUUUUCGCGCCGAGAACCUUGAGAAAUCUCGUGCUUGUGGAUGAAAUAGAAUCCCUAUCUCCAAUCCUUUCAUCCCGAGUGGCUGACUUGGCUGGCGAAGACACUCCGCAGUUGUACAUGCUUUGCGGGAGAGGUCCUAGAUCAUCUCUACGAGUACUCAGACACGGUCUGGAAGUAUCUGAAAUGGCCGUGUCAGAAUUGCCAGGAGCUCCUAAUGCUGUUUGGACAGUGAAAAAAAGAAGCGAUGAUGAAUUUGACGCCUAUAUCAUUGUGUCAUUCGUGAACGCAACUUUGGUGUUGUCUAUCGGUGAAACUGUUGAAGAAGUAACCGACAGUGGGUUUUUGGGAACUACCCCUACUUUAUCAUGUUCUGCCCUCAGUGACGAUGCUCUUGUGCAGGUGUAUCCUGACGGAAUUAGACAUAUAUGUGCAGACAAGCGUGUGAACGAAUGGAAGGCAGGAAAGAAGAGCAUAGUAAAAUGUGCUGUCAACCAACGUCAAGUGGUGAUAGCUCUCUCCGGAGGAGAGUUGGUUUAUUUUGAAAUGGAUCCGACUGGUCAGUUGCACGAGUACAAAGAGAGGAAACGAAUGAACUCUGAUGUGCUCUGUAUGGCACUAGCAAGUGUGCCUCAAGGAGAACAGAGAUCUUGGUUUUUAGCAGUCGGUUUAGCGGAUAGUACCGUGAGGAUUAUCUCCCUAGAUCCUAGUGACUGCUUGGCACCCAGAGCUAUGCAACCUUUGCCAGUUUGUGCCGAAUCAUUGUGCAUCGUCGAGAUGGGAUGUACUGAAAGAGAUCCUGACAAUGCCGCAGCAGCCAGUACCACUAGUACUUUAUAUUUGAAUAUUGGUUUGCAGAAUGGAGCACUGCUCAGAACUGUUCUUGACCCAGUGACUGGCGAUUUGACCGAUACUAGGACUAGGUACUUAGGAUCUAAGCCCGUGAGGCUGUUUAGAAUAAGGAUGCAGCAGUCAGAAGCUGUCCUGGCUAUGAGCAGUCGUUCGUGGCUGAGUUACUACUACCAAAGCCGAUUCUACCUGACGCCCUUGUCUUAUGAAAGUUUGGAGUAUGCUUCAGGUUUUAGUUCGGAACAGUGCCAGGAAGGUAUCGUAGCCAUUUCAACGAACACCCUUAGGAUUUUGGCUUUGGAAAAAUUGGGUGCUGUCUUCAAUCAAGUGUCCUUUCCUCUUGAAUAUACUCCGAGGAAGUUCAUCAUUCACCCUGAAUCUAGUAACUUGGUGAUUCUAGAAACUGAACACAACGCUUAUACCGAAGAAACAAAAAAACAGCGAAGGUUGCAAAUGGCCGAAGAAAUGAAGGAAGCUGCAGGGGAAGAAGAGCAAGAGCUUGCCAAAGAGAUGGCAGAGGCCUUUUUGAAUGAGGAUCUGCCGGAGAGCAUAUUUUCUGCGCCUAAGGCGGGGCAUAAUAUGUGGGCAUCCUCAAUCAGAAUAAUGGACCCAGUACAAGGAACAACUUACAAAUUGAUUCGUUUGGAACAAAACGAAGCUGCCAUGUCACUGGCUCUAGUUAAAUUUCAUGGCCAGCCUGAUUAUCAGUGGUUUCUCAUUGUUGGUAUUGCUAAGGAUUUCCAACUCAAUCCUCAUCAGUGCUCUGUCGGGUUUUUGGAUACCUACAAAAUUGAUUCGUUGGGCAAGGAGUUGGAACUGGUACACAGGACUCUCGUUGAUGAGGUACCCAUGGCAUUGUGCUCUUAUAAUGGGCGACUUUUGGCAGGGGUCGGCAAAAUGUUGAGGUUGUAUGAUAUGGGAAAGAAGAAGCUUUUGAGAAAAUGUGAGAAUAAGCACAUUCCGAAUGCCAUAGUAAAUAUUCAAGCAAUGGGAAAAAGAAUAUUUGUAUCUGAUGUAGCGGAAUCUGUAUUUAUGGUCCGUUACAAAAGAGCUGAAAAUCAGCUCAUCAUAUUCGCAGAUGAUACACAUCCUCGUUGGAUAACCUGUACCACUGUUCUUGACUACGACACGAUCGCGACGGCUGACAAAUUUGGAAAUAUAUCCAUACUCAGACUUCCCCCCAAUGUUAGCGAUGACGUUGAAGAAGAUCCGACUGGCCACAAAGCAUUGUGGGAUAGGGGUCUCUUGAACGGGGCAUCUCAGAAAGCUGAUACUAUAUCAACAUUCCACGUUGGAGAGACGGUAACCUGGUUGCAGAAGGCGACUCUCAUACCUGGAGGUUCGGAAUCGUUGAUAUUCACUACUCUGUCUGGAACAGUUGGUGUUUUGGUUCCAUUUACGUCUCAUGACGAUCAUGACUUUUUCAUACAUUUGGAAAUGCAUAUGAGGAGUGAGAAUCCACCACUGUGUGGAAGAGAUCAUUUAUCAUUUAGAUGUUACUAUUUCCCAGUUAAGAACGUAAUCGAUGGUGAUUUGUGUGAACAGUACAAUUCGUUAGAUCCUGCCAAGCAAAGGAGCAUUGCCAGUGAUUUGGAUAAGACGCCGGCAGAAGUUUCAAAGAAACUUGAGGAUAUUAGGACUCGUUAUGCUUUCUAAUAUUUCAAAUUUAUUUUUGUAUUGUGAUUUUUUUGUAUUAAGUAACUUAAUUAUAAAUCUAAUUUAGUCCGA